GAAGGAGGGAAAAAUGAGAAAAUACAGUAGUCUCGGGUUUGUUGAACAACAGCGACACCAAGUGUCAUUUUCACACAUUGCAAGGAGAGGUCGCACUCCGGUUUGGAACGCAGCCGUCCGGGACCAGGGAGCUUAAAGUUCGUUCGCGUCUUUGCUUUAGCACGCCGAAGCCGAAUCGAUGCUGCUGGAGUGGAUGAUGGACGGACACGCCAUUCUUUACACGGGGGUCACUUUGGCCUUCUGGACCACCAUACUCGUCGUCGGUAUAUGCUACACUAUAUUUGAUUUAGGAUUCCGUUUUGAUGUGGCAUGGUUCCUUACAGAAACGUCACCUUUCAUGUGGGCCAAUCUGGGCAUCGGCUUGGCCAUCUCGCUGUCUGUUGUGGGAGCAGCUUGGGGAAUCUACAUAACUGGCUCAAGCAUCAUUGGUGGCGGUGUCAAGGCUCCUCGCAUUAAAACCAAAAAUUUAGUCAGCAUCAUUUUCUGCGAAGCUGUUGCAAUCUACGGCAUCAUCAUGGCCAUUGUCAUCAGUAACAUGGCCGAGAACUUCAGCGGAACAACUCCUGAGACCAUCGGCGCGAAAAACUAUCAAGCUGGAUACUCCAUGUUCGGCGCCGGCCUGACGGUGGGCUUCUCCAACCUCUUCUGCGGCAUCUGCGUGGGAAUCGUGGGCAGCGGGGCGGCGCUGGCCGACGCCCAGAACGCCAGCCUCUUCGUCAAGAUCCUCAUCGUGGAGAUCUUCGGCAGCGCCAUCGGCCUCUUCGGCGUCAUCGUGGCCAUCCUGCAGACGUCAAAAGUAAAGAUGGGCGACUAGAUGAGGAGGGACAAGAGGAAGUUGACAACACCGCUGGGGAAGAAAAACAAAAACAAAAACGCUGUGUAAAUAAUACACCGUAAAUUAUUUAAAUGUUCUAUUUGCCGCUUAUUGUUUGUCAUUUCAAGAACAGCUGUUUCUUAACAAUGAAUGGUGGUGGAAAAUGACACUAUUGAUAGAGUAUUGGAACAUAUUUUUGUUGAGAGUGUGAUUGUGUGUUGUUCUCUUCGUGUGAAGCAUGAGGGCUUUUAGCCUUUGUUUACUUUGGUUGCCUGGUUUGUCAGACCCGCUUACUCACUGGCGCCCCCCUACUGGAACGUGUUCGUAUUUCAGCCAGUACCAGUUUAAUGUAAAUGAGAGAGAAAGCGCUGGGCCGUUACUGUCAUGCAUGCAAUGACACAAUGCAAAGAAAAGUCUUGAGGACCAAUGAAAUUCAGCGGUAAGUCAGACAUUUUGGGUAAAUUACUGGGGGUGAUAAACGAGGGAAUUCACGCAAAUGGGGACCAAUCGGGGACGGGUAUCUAGACAGAUGGGUGAUGGGAAAUGCAAAGUCUUUUUGUCUGUUCAACCUCAACAUAUCUGAAACUCAAGUUUUGAAAAUGCGUACUUCCCGUGUGGGAUAUUUCAGCGUCACUGAUGUUCAUGACGUGGCACGGUGGAUCAGCCGGUAAAGCGUUGGCCUCACAGGUUUGGGGAUCUGGGUUCGAUCCCGGCCCCGCCUGUGUGGAGUUUGCGUGUUCUCCCCCGUGCCUGCGUGGGGUUUCUCCAGGCGCUCUGGUUUCCUCCCACAUCCCAAAAACAUGCGACAUUAAUCGGACGCUCUUAAGUUGCUCCACGGUGUGAUUCCAAGUGUGGCUAUUUGUCUCAAUGUGCCCUGUGAUUGGCUGUCGACCCGUUCAGGGUAUACCCUGCCUCCUGCCCAUUCACAGCUGUGAUGGGCUCCAGCAAUCCCCGCGACCCUCGUGAGGAUAAGCGGCCAAGAAGAUGGAUGGAUGUCUAACAUGGCAGGAUGCAUUAACGAAUCUCAUGGACUCGUGCCCAAAAUUGAAGUUAACCAUAUCCAUUUUGGGCAAAUAUUAAGGCUUGGUAGUCGUACUUUGGCAAAUGUCAAUAAGAGACGUCACUGGAGGUUUUUUUUUUUUUUUUUUUUUUUUUUAACAUCGGUAACAGUUUUGUUUAGGCCAUCUAAUGUGGGCAGAGUGUGACAUCAAGGUUUGAUCAUUUUUAAGGCUUCGCCAUGAAAAAGAGGGCGCGUUAGCUCUCGUUCAUCACAACUCGCAGGACGCUUUUGUAACUUGUUGAUUUUCUGACGGAGCUUUCGUCAUCCGUCACCUGCCAUGCAGACUUUUUGUUUGUUUUGGACCCUGGCAGGGAAAAAUAGAAGACCUUCUCGUUGUGAUCUUUUUCAGAUCUUAAUAUGUAAUACAGUGACUGACAUGAGCCAUAGUAUUGAUGAGCUUAUAGAAAAAUAAUGUAAACUAUUCUUUAUUUUCCACCAUUUACUUCAUUUUUUUUAUAUUUCCUGGAUUCCGUGUUCUCUCACAGCUUCGGUGAAAUGAAUCGAUGCCAGUUUAACAGACCAGGCUAACCUGUGAACCCCCCCCCCCCUGUAAUUAUUGUUGUGAAAGACUGUUAACAUGGGUUUGAUUGUGAUAAAUGUGAUUUAUGCCACUCCCCCCCCCCCACACACACACAGUGAAGUCCUGAAAGAAGGCCUGUACAGAACUCCAGAUUUGUCAGUGUGUGAAAUGAUGUUGUGAUGGUGAAACGAAAGUAAAUGUCCAAUAAAAAUAGAAAACAGCUC